ACUCCUUGUACUCUACGACCCCUUCAUUCUAUCUUUUCCCCCUGGGCUUGCGAGGUUGUCUCUAGGUUCCGGAUCUGUCUCUUCGGCAUGCUACGUAUAUUAUCGUCUUCACUCAAGGUAGACUCAUUCGUCAAGAAAGACCGCGCCGUCCAGUCCAGACACUAUCGUCUCUCGAUGCGCAACACGCUCCCCGCCCUCCUUCUGGUGUCUAUAUCAUUUCUCACUGCUUGUAUCAUAUGGCGAGACGCUGCUGUACCUCCACUCCCUGUCGGUGCAUCCAACGACACCCCGCUCGAUCACGGUGACAGGCUAGAUUUUCCCCCGUCGCCAUACGUUCCGCCAAUUCCUGCCUUGCCGAAGGUUCCCCCACAUUUGAAUCCGCUGGAUUACGAGCAUGGUCCUCUGCGCGGUCCUCCAACCGCGCAUUUCAGAGACAGCCUUAGAGAUGAUACGAAGUAUCUGACAUCGUGGCUGGUGGCAGGUUUCACAAAUGACUAUAUGACUAUCGGCAACAUGAUUUACUUGGCCAUGAUCACAUCGCGUGUGCCCGUCAUUCCGCCUUUCACUUCGGAAAUUGGCGGUGACCGCGUCCCCAUUCCGUUCUCUGACAUUUUUGACCUGCCCUAUCUCCGCACAACGCUCGGUAUCCCGAUUCUGGAAUGGCAAGAUGUCAAAGACAAUAGGCUCGCGGAAGAACUGGACGCUCCGCCAGACGAACUCGGGUGCUGGAACGUAUGGCAAGCUCAGAACAUCAUCGCAGAUGCGCCGAGGGGUAGCUUCAGCACGUCUACGUUAGGCUUGGACAUCUCUUACACUCGUGCACCCGACUGGAUCAAACUCAUCCCUGGAUUCCAGCACGACCUGCACUCUACUUUCUGGUCAGUCGCACGCCUCGCCUUCCCCGAGACGCGCAACGAGGUCUUGGCGCAACCGGCUGCCCAUCCCACAUUGCCUACCCAGUCGGGCAAUCAACAUCCGCCAGACGAUCAGAUGCUCUGCUAUGACAUCCUAUACUACGUCGUUGGGGCAGUGCCCUGGGAAUUCGAGUUUGAUCAUAGCCCGAUGUGGCGCUUCGUGGUUAAGCACUUCAAGUUCACGCAGCGUCUAGAAGAGCUCGCAGAGGGUUAUUUACGCCGCACGCUGAAUGUCCCUGACGGCCAAGAGAUCCCUCCGUACAUCACCAUUCACGCUCGACGCGGUGACUUCGCUGAUUGGUGCGGUGACGUCGCUCGCGACCAAUGCUUCCCCCCUCUUUCGGCCUUCGCGCAACGUGUAUUCGAGGUGCAAAACGAGCUGCGCAGCAAGCGGGGCAUCGAGGUGACGAGAGUCAUCAUGACGGGGAACGAGAGGGACCCGAACUGGUGGAACUCCGUGUACGAACUCGGGUGGCUCCAGGUCGACCACGACAAGGAGCGGACUGUCGAACUCUACGGAAAAUGGUAUCCCGUUAUCUUGGACGCAAUCAUUCAGUCCCGUGGCAUCGGCUUUGUGGGCACGGACAGAUCGACGUUCUCGUCUCUCGCGCGGCGUCGAGUGGCCGAGUGGAACAAUGGUGCCGUGCGCACUGUCAAAUGGGGCACGCUGGACUCGGAUCGACACUAGACAAUGAAUAUCGGACUCUGAAGUUGUACGAUUACCGUGACUAGAGGUAGAUGCCAGCUGGCUACGAGAUUUACUCGGAGUAUUGGGAGAUCAUCAUUCAUUAGUCGUCCCUGCACUGGGAUCCCACUGAAUGAAUACGUUCUGGAUGUGCUACUCGAAUGUUCAUGUCUGUUUUGUGUGCUGUACGGUACGCUCGAAAUAUCGGUUGGAUGAUGGA